GCGUCAUCCCUUUCUCAUUAGGGUUUUCAUCUGGUUAUCAUCUCCCACCUUCUGUGUAUCCAAUCCAGUUCUGAAUCAACCAUGUCUCACUUCGGAAGGUCAGGCCCCCCAGACAUCGCCGAUACCUACUCUCUCCUCGUCCUGAACAUCACUUUUCGUACAACCGCCGACGACCUAUUUCCGCUCUUUGAUAAGUACGGUAAGGUCGUUGACAUCUUCAUCCCCAAAGAUCGAAGAACUGGUGAGUCGAGAGGUUUUGCUUUUGUUCGUUACAAGUAUGCUGAUGAAGCUUCCAAGGCUGUUGAUAGGCUCGACGGAAGAAUGGUUGAUGGUCGUGAAAUAACCGUCCAGUUUGCAAAAUAUGGACCUAAUGCUGAGAGAAUUCAGAAAGGAAGGAUUAUUGAAACAUCUCCGAGAUCAAAGACCUCGAGGAGCCGCAGUCCCAGCAGGAGAAGGCAUCGUGAUGAUUACAGAGACAAGGAUUAUAGGAGGAGAAGUCGCAGCAGGAGUUAUGACAGAAAUGAACGUGACAGGUAUCGCGGGAGAGACAGGGACAGUCGUCGCCGAAGCAGAAGUCGUAGUGCUAGUCCUGGUUACAGGGGCCGUGGGAGGGGGCGCCAUGAUGACGAGCGUCGUAGUAGAAGCCGGAGUAGAUCAGUGGACAGCCGCUCCCCUACACGGCGCAGUCCUAGUCCUAGAAAGAGCCCUUCUCCUAAUAAGAGUAUUUCCCCUCAAAGGAGUGCUUCCCCCAGGAAAAGUCCACGUCGUGUAAGUCCUGAUAAUCGUAGCCGUGAUGGAAGGUCUCUUACGCCUCGCAGUGUCUCGCCACGAGGUCGCCCUGAUGCUUCCCGAAGCCCAUCUCCUCGAAAUUCAAAUGGUGAUGAAUAAGCUACUAAGCUAUUUUUUUGAAGUAUUCCAGAGACAUUCAGACUAGUGUACCAGUGUACCUGUUGCUGUCUUGAAAAUAUUGGAUGAUUUGGUUGAUGUGAUGGUAUUAUCAAAGUCUUGGAAACAUUUUAUGAUCUAAGUGCAGUUUGGUAGGGUCGGAUUUCCUUGAUGUUUCUCUGUUUUGAUCUAUUAUGUUGUUUACUUAUGAGUUUGGUAGCUUUUGAAACUUGUAGCUGCUAGGUUAAUAUUUCUGUACGAGGGAUUUUUUCUAUUUCAGCCUUACUCUAUUGUGUUUGCAUUUA